UGGUACACACGCGUGUCUUCCCAAAGGCCAUAUUACUUAUCUUGCUCCCGAGUUACUACGCCGCGCUACAGUAACACCACCGACCCUAACCAUUGAUUCCAUAGUAACCCAGGAGUGCGAUAUCUACGCGUUCGGCACGGUCCUCUACGAACUGGUAUCACAAAAGUGGCCGUUCCGUCACUCACCGAUAGAGAGCGUCAUACACCAAGUUUGUUCUGGCUCAAGACAAUCAGUAUCGCAUAUAAAAUGUUCAACUGCUCUUAAGGACCUGAUCAUAGACUGUUGGGCUCAUGAUCAUCUUGAGAGGCCAAAGUUUUCAAGCAUCAUGAAAGAUCUUCAAGACAAUGCCGCUCUUGUCAAUAUGAAUCGUAGCCGCUCGGAACCAGAGAACCUAAACAGACUUGGCUUGCCUGGAAGACCGUGGUAGAGAGAUAAUGUUUCAUCUUGACUUCAACUGUUGUAUCCAACGGCAAAACAAUAAUUACGACACUUGAUGAACAUAACAAUCUGUGUCGUUGAGAGUGCAAUUGUUUAAAAUAUAAAUGCGAAUAUGUACUACUACUUUUAGUGACAUUAUGACUAAACCAACGAAAACUGGCAUCAUCAUGACACUUCUGAAACUACCUUGGCUUCAGGCGGCGAUGGAAGGAAACCGCAAUUACCCAACUGGUGGAGACCAACGUAGUAAAACUGCCCUUCAAUGAUUAUGCGUUUUUAUUAUCUGGAUCGAAGAAAGUAGAAGCGUGGAAUGUGCCUUAUAGAUGUGGUCAGUGAUCAUGAAACAUCACAAACAUAUCGCCAUUUGUAUGACGUUAGCAUUUGUGAAAGAAAAAAAUGUUUUCUAAAAUCUCCCAAUUUUUGUAUGUUUUUUACGAUAUCUUGAUUGACUUUAACUAUGUGAUUGCUCCAAACGUUUUUGAGAUGAUGUACAGAACAUUAAAGAUUGUCACAUGAUCAGA